UAGAAAUAUCACAAUCCAAAGGAUAGGAGUACAUGACUUUUUUCAAAUGUACAUAAUGUGCAACUGUAUGACACAUAAAAAAAAAUCAGAUCAUUUAACAAUAUCAGUGCAGAAAAACAGAUGUGCAAUAACAGCAGAGAUGUUUUCUAAAAAUCUGUCAAAACAGAAUUUUACUACUUCACUAUUUCACUGGACGUGUUCAAAAAUUGAAGUGAUUAUGCUGACAUGGAGUCUCUGAAGUUUGUUAUUUAAAAACAUUAGCUUAUUUAUGAAAAGAAAUUAUGUAGAGUUUUUCCAGUUUGUUUUGGGUGGGAUGGAAACGCAGCACAGGCAGUUCAAAACGCCGCGCUGCUUUAUUCUGCUUGUGCGGAAAACAGUAAUGACCUGGCGCAGAAAGGUGCGCCAUUUAGGCAAGAAGCGGCGCACACCUGGAUAUUCAGUUUUGAAUGUUUGAUUUGGUGCUCCAUGUCCUGUCCCUAUCUUGGCACCUUCACUUGCACAAGUUUGUGCCGUCCUCCUAUCGGCCCCUUGCCAGCGGGGCCCUGCAGGGGCAGCUGCUCUAAUCGGUGCGGUUCGAUUUCCUGUCCUUCGUUUUGUUGGUAAAGUCGAUCACCGUAAACGAGAUCAGAUUGACAGGAUGCAAGAGAGAAAUCCUGCUUUCCUUCUCUCGUUAUUUUUAUUUUAUUUUAUUGUUUGUUUCUUAUUCUCUUAUUUAUUAUGAUUUAAUCCGUGUUCUGCUGGUUUCCGCCUAAAAGCAGAUCAUUUCUUCUUCCACCAUCACCUCCAGCAGCUCCGCGCCUGACAGUCUGGCUCUCACCCCUGAUUUGCUAAUCUGUGCGUCAUGAUCUGUGUCCGGCGCAAACAGCCGAAGUGCAACAUGAAACUGCGUCACAUAACAGACAGCUGAUGAGCAGAGCGGCACUGUGGCGCUCUGCUCACUCCGAUAAGGUUUCUCAAAUCGUCUCGCACACUUUGUGUAAUUUACAUGAGCUAUCACGGAAGAAAAAUUUGAUUUUUAUUUUCCCCCACCUCUUUAUGUUCUAAUUGAAGCUCUGCACCGCGGGGUGCGCCUCCGCGUUUCCUCUGGCCCCUGCCUCCACCUCACUCCUGCUUCUCUGAUUGAGUAAGUGAGAGGCUGGUGAAGAGCGUCACCGCUCCUCCGGCUCUGAUGGACUGAUGGACUGAUGGACUGACCCGUGAGGACUCGGCGGCGACUCGGAAGAACCUGAAAAAAAAAAAGAAAGCAAAAACAAUUUCUAACUUUUAAAUCUAGUCAUCAUCUUCUGCUCAUUCGGGACUGUUUUGUCGUCACGAAAGCGGGACAGAGGUGAAACGCUCAGUUAAAAACUGAGGUGAGUGGAAAAAGAAGCGGAAGAGACGUGACUAGAGAGCGGGGCCCCCCGCUGCGGCUUUCUGCUGUCUACCUGCCGCCACUCAGCGGGCGGUCGGCCUCGGCGACACCUGUCCGAGCCGACACCUGGCAGACGGGAUGGACGCCUGCGCGCAUGCUCUGUUGUCAUGUGAAAGUCUCUUAAAACGCUCGGGAUGUCAGUGGCUCAGAUCAAAUCUGUAAACAGGACGCCAGCCGCCGGGUCGCCUCCUUCUGCUCAGCAGCUGGAUCCCCGUCAUUAACCCUCGCUGUCUCUUCUCCCUCCCCAUCACCCCCUGCACCACACACAACACACACACACACUUGCACACACACAACACCACACAACACACACAUACACUAAAGAUGCCCCGCUCCUUCCUGGUAAAGAGUAAGAAGGCGCACAGCUACCACCAACCGCGGACUUUGGAAGAUGAUUACAGCAGGCUGGACACGAUACUGGCUGACAUCUGUUCAGAUACCGAUAAACUCCCGGAGGAGGACGCCGACCUUUCGGCUGACAGCUACGGCCUCUCUCCGGCCUCCCACCCGGGCGAAGCUGCGGACUUCUCCCCCGGGUCUCCGCUGAGCUGCGCCGACAGUUUGUGCGCUCGCUCCGCGGACUAUGAGGACUUCUGGCGGCCUCCGUCCCCAUCCGCGUCGCCUGUUGACUCCGAAAAAUCGCUUUCUCCCCUGGUGGGUGAAACUCAGCCCUUCACCGUCCCUUUCCGGCCGUACGCCUGGAGCAGCUACCCGGGGCCAGGGCCGGGGCCGGAGGUGCGGCGGCCCAUGGCGCAGCGGAGCCUCCAUGCCGGCCUUGAGGUGGACGCCAGCCCGGCGGUGUUGGCGCUCUACGCGGACAGGAGCUGCCACCCGGCCGUGUUUGCAGAACGGGCCCUGGCGGAGGAGCCUUACGGAGACUACCGGAGGCAGGCUGCCGCGCUGCUGUUCCCUGAAGCGGGCCUGCACGGGAAGGCGGCCGAUGGGAAGGCCCGGCCCGACCUGCUCUGCCCCAGCCUCAUUCUGAACGGGGCGUACAAGUGCGUCAAAUGCGGGAAGGUGUUCUCCACCCCGCACGGGCUGGAGGUCCACGUCCGCAGAUCGCACAGCGGCACGAGGCCUUUUGCGUGCGACAUUUGCGGCAAAACGUUCGGCCACGCCGUGAGCCUGGAGCAGCACAAAGCCGUGCACUCUCAGGAGAGAAGCUUCGACUGCAAAAUUUGCGGCAAAAGCUUUAAGCGCUCCUCCACGCUAUCCACGCAUCUGCUCAUCCACUCGGACACUCGGCCCUACCCGUGUCAGUACUGCGGGAAGAGGUUCCACCAGAAGUCCGACAUGAAGAAACACACAUUCAUCCACACAGGCGAGAAGCCGCACAAAUGCCAGGUUUGCGGGAAAGCGUUCAGCCAGAGCUCCAAUCUGAUCACGCACAGCAGGAAACACACCGGAUACAAACCGUUCGGCUGCGACCUGUGCGGGAAAGGCUUCCAGAGGAAGGUGGACCUGAGGAGGCACAAAGAGACACAGCACGGACUGAAGUGAGACUGAAGACCGAGCUGCGGUCCGGCCUUCACUCCGGACUGGACAGAGACAGAGCUGGAGGAAAACAGCUGUUGUUCCCCCCCCCCCCCCUUCCUUUUCUCGGCACAUACUUUCUUCCAUUUUUAAUGAACUGAAAAUUCAAGACAAUUUGGAUCCCAUCGACUUGGUAUUUUUUUAUUAUUUUUUUUUUAUUUUAUCCUAUUUUUCUUAUAAUUUGUAUUAUUUAUAGGUGCGGUGAAAAAACAUGAGCAACACUAAUGACAGCAUCCUUCCGUGCUUUUCUUUUUAGAUCUCCCCUCUGCCCCCCUCUUCUCCUCCCCUUUAAUUUCUUUUCUAAAGCCAGAGAUAAGCUGUGAGCUGUGGAGGAAAAAGGAGAGAGAAACAUGGCAGAUGUGUUCAGAUAAAGCAUGAUUUAAAUAACUCUGUUAAACGGACAAUAAACGCACCUGAUAAAGAUCUGCUCUUUCUGCAAAGUCUGGAGGUGUUGUUGUUUUCAUCUGGCAGAGAUGAGGGCAAAACACACUCUCUCUCUCUUUCUCUCUUUUUCUGUUUCUCUCUCUCUUGCUCUCUCUCUCUGCCAGCUGCAGGGAUCUGCUCUAUUGUUCUGUCAGAAGAAAUGCUGAUUUUAUUGUUAAAAUAAACACAAAUGAAAUUCUAGUUGAGGAUCAUUAUCGCUAUAAAUUAAAUUGAGAAGACAUAAAACAUGUACGAAAUGAAUAACCCAGUCA